UUUUACCGAGAUGCGACUCGGGUGAAAAGGCCCCUUUGUCGCCGGGCAGGGGCGGAGUCUGGAGUAGUUCCCCUACAAUCGAACUGGCUACUAGAGUCUUGGCCUUGGCUGUACAGAGUCCGGCCUUGUCAUGGCUGAGGUGAAAGUGAAGGCACAGCCGCCGGAUGCGGACCCGGUCGAAAUAGAAAACAGGAUUAUAGAAUUAUGUCAUCAGUUCCCUCAUGGGAUUACAGACCAAGUUAUUCAGAAUGAGAUGCCUCAUAUAGAAGCCCAACAGAGAGCAAUGGCCAUCAAUAGACUCUUAUCUAUGGGACAGUUGGAUCUCUUAAGGAGCAAUACAGGCCUUCUAUAUAGAAUAAAAGAAUCUCAGAAUACUGGUAAGAUGAAGGGAUCAGAUAACCAAGAGAAGCUUGUGUACCAAAUCAUAGAAGAUGCUGGGAACAAAGGUAUCUGGAGCAGAGAUAUUCGAUAUAAAAGUAAUUUGCCAUUAACAGAAAUCAACAAAAUACUAAAGAAUUUGGAGAGUAAAAAGCUUAUCAAAGCUGUUAAAUCUGUGGCAGCUUCAAAAAAGAAAGUUUAUAUGCUUUAUAAUUUACAACCUGAUCGAUCAGUGACUGGUGGAGCCUGGUAUAGUGACCAAGAUUUUGAAUCUGAAUUUGUAGAAGUGCUAAACCAACAGUGUUUUAAAUUCUUACAAAGCAAGGCAGAAACAGCUAGAGAAAGCAAACAGAAUCCCAUGAUACAAAGAAACAGUUCAUUUGCUUCAUCUCAUGAAGUAUGGAAAUAUAUUUGUGAACUAGGCAUUAGUAAGGUAGAAUUGUCCAUGGAAGAUAUUGAAACAAUUUUGAACACACUUAUUUAUGAUGGCAAAGUGGAAAUGACCAUCAUUGCUGCAAAAGAAGGCACAGUUGGCAGUGUUGAUGGACAUAUGAAACUUUAUAGGGCUGUUAGUCCAAUCAUACAACCUACUGGCUUAGUUCGAGCACCUUGUGGACUCUGUCCGGUUUUUGAUGAUUGCCAUGAAGGUGGUGAAAUUUCUCCAUCUAAUUGUAUUUAUAUGACGGAGUGGCUGGAAUUUUAAUAUCCAAGUAUGCAUUCUACUCACAUUUUACAAACAAGGGAAGAAAAUGAAGUUACUUUGAAAGCCAAUAAUUGUAUUUAUCAUGAAGUAUUGAAGCUGGUUAAAACCAAACUACACUAAAAGGGAUAUAGGCUACUGUGAAAAACAUAUUUGUAUUUAUAAAGAUUCUGAUAUAUAUUGAUGAAUGGGCCAAAAAUACACUAGGCAGCUGUAAGAGGAAUUGGACUCAACCUGUCAGAAGGAAGAGAGAAGCAGAUUUUGCAAGCUGAAGGACCAGCUGGAAUGGGGGAAGGGCAGGAAGGAGAGAGAAUUCUGAAGGAAGGAAGAGAAUCCGAUCAGUUGGAAAGGGGACUUCUUUCUAGGAAGCCUAACAAAAAGGAGGACCUGAGCGGAUUUCUGAACCACUACUCUCCUCCUGUGACCCCUGACCCAAUUUAUAGACAAACAAGCUGAAUGAAUAGGACUUCAACUGGAAGCUGUUCACUAUAAGAAGAAUUUCUCUGAAUCCCCUGAAAGUCCUUGAACUUAUUAUAAUAGCCAAAGCAGCUAGAAAAGUCAAGACAUCUUCACAACUAAAGUCUAAUCCUGCCAGACUUUGGGGAGAAGGGGUUCAGUUACUUUAGGACCUCCUAUUCCUUCUUUCCCUUUACCUUAUUCUCCAAUUCAGUUGCCCUACCCCUUUAUUUGUUCCCUUAGAAUAAACAGCCGUUUUUAAGAGCAA